AGAUAUACCAUGUAUACCCUUCAAAUGAAGAAAAAUAGCGAUCAAGUAGCAUUGCGUUGAAACAAAAGCAACCAAUCAGUGGCCAGCUAACUUCUCAUUGCUAUAGUAUUAUGGGAUAUGGACUUCGCGCCAUGUUGGGUCCCCUGAUCGUCCAAUUCUGUCCCGGCUUUUCUCGACAAAUCUGAAGAUUUCAUCAAAAGUACAAAGGAUUCCGAAUAUCUGAAGACACUUUCAAGUUCUAGAAGACACAGGGAGCAGCCAUGGCCGGGAUGGAGGCCGUACGGUCCUUCAAUAACGAGCUGUCCUCUAUUUAUGAGUGCAAGCCACCUAUCUCCCGGGCUAAGAUGACAGCUGUCACCAAGGCAGCUAUCAAAGCCAUCAAGUUUUACAAGCAUGUGGUGCAAAGUGUAGAGAAGUUCAUUCAGAAGUGUCGCCCAGAGUACAAGGUACCUGGUCUGUACGUUAUCGACUCCAUCGUACGCCAGUCGCGCCACCAGUUUGGAGCAGACAAGGAUGUUUUUGCACCUCGCUUCGCAAAGAAUGUCACCUUGACGUUCCAGCACCUUUUCAAAUGUCCCCCAGAGGAUAGGGCUCGGGUUGUGCGUGUGCUGAAUCUGUGGCAGAAGAACCAUGUGUUCAAGGUGGAAGUGAUCCAGCCCCUGUUGGACAUGGCUGACCCAGAAAGGGCCAAACAGAUGCAGCCAGCAGAACCAGAACAGGGGAAACACACCCAAGCCACAACACCCCAGCCUUCCUCCUCCUCCACAUCCAUGGCACCAAUAGGAGAGACAGCUGCUGUUCCUGAACCUGCUGACCCUCUCAAGGCUGUACAGCAACUGUUGCUGGGUGGGGCCCCACCUGUACAGCAGGCUGUUCCCUCUACAGAACAGCUGCAGCAGCUGCUCCAACUGCAGCAGAGUCUGCAGAAAACCCUGCAGCAGGCACACACUACUGGCAUGAUGGCUGGCCCUGGUGGAGCCCCCAGUACAGCAACACCACCCAAACCUAAAGGCUUUAACAAGGCUCUUCUAGAUGACUUUGAUUAUGGAGAUGAGGAUGAGGAGGACAGCAGGGAUGCAGGGAAGUACCAAACUCCUCAAGAGCCUCCUCAGCCCACCCCUCCCCAGCAUCAGCACAGUGUUCAGAGCAUCCUGGCCAGUCUGCCCAAUGCAGAUCUCCUCCAGCAGCUGCAGAAACAGUUAGCCCAGGCACAGACAUCUCAGGCCUCUGGUAUGCCCUCCGCUGCACCCGCGCCCUUCCCAGACUUCCUCAAGCAACAGGUCCUCCAGCAGCAGCAAGACGAGUUCGACAAGGAAAUACAGCAGGUCUCUCACCACUUACAGCCUCCCAAGGAGCCUCCUUCCCAGGGUGCACCACCCCAGAUGCAGCCGCCACCGAACCAGGGUCCCCCACAGAUGCCCAUGGGUCUGCCCCCUGGCAUGGGGUUCCCCCCUAACAUCCCCCCUCCCGGCCAGUUUCCGCAGGGGGCCUUCCCGCCGGGUAUGCCUCCUAGGUUCCCUCCACCUGGGAUGCCUCCUCCUCAGCAAUCCUUCCUACAGGGGAACCAAGCACAGAGGCCGCCCCCAUUUAACGAUGUCCCACCACCAGCACAGCAGCUGCAGCAUGGCCGGGAGGAACAGCAGCAGGUAUUUGAGGAACCUUCCUGGGACAGGGAGAGAGAGAGACCACCCUCCUCACCCACCAAGGAUAGGGAAAAGGAGAGCAGAGAUCAGGAUAGGUCUUCAAAGGAUCGUGCAACAUCAAGAAGCAGAAGUCGUAGAUCUCGUUCACGUGACCGCGAUCGGGACAGAGAUCGCCGCAGGUCACGAAGGUCGAGAUCACGGUCGCGGGACCGUAGACGGAGGAGGUCUCGUUCUCGGAGUGCAGAGCGUCGCAGGAAGGAGAGAGAAGAAGAUCGGGAGAGGGAACGUGAUCGAGAGAGGGAAAGAGAAAGAGAGAAAAAGGGAUUGCCUCCUGUAAAGAAAAAGUCUCUCUGUAUCUGCAGCACUACCUUGUGGGUAGGCCACCUGGACAAGAAGACAACAGAUGUCGAGCUGCGCAACAUCUUUGAAGCAAUCGGGCCUGUUCAAUCUAUUGAUUUGAUUCCACCUCGGGGAUGUGCAUACGUCUGCUAUGAGACCAGGCUUGACGCACACAACGCUCUCAACAAACUCAAGAACCUGCGGGUGGGCAACAGGCAGCAGCCAGUUCAGAUGGCAUGGGCUCCAGGGAAAGGAGUAAAGGGGAAGGAGCACAAGCAGUACUGGGACGACCAUGCAGGGACAACGUACCUGCCGUGGGAGAAACUGGAGGGCAAAGACCUCGAGAGCCUGGCAGAGGGGGGCUACAUUGACAAUGAAACCCUGCCCCCUGACCAAAAGAAGGAUGUGGCUCCCAGUGAGUCUGGCAGUCAAGAAAGCCAGGAGCAGAAGAAGGACCUGGGUGAGAUGUCUCAAGACGAGCUGCUUGCCCUGGUACCUGACAAACCCCCAGCUGCCAGUCAGCCAGCAGCAGCCACCUCCAUACCAGAGAUGCCAGCCUCCAUAGCACAGAUCCCUGUCAUGCCUAACCCUGCUGUGGUACCAGCCAUGAUGCCUGGGUUGAUGCGACCCAUGGGUUUCCCACAGGGGGUACCACCUCCUGGGUUUCCUGCCUUCAACCCAGCUGUCCCACCUCCAGGGAUGGCACCUUUUGCUGCUAUGCCGCCGACGUUUAACCCCAACCAACCUCCCCCCGGUAUGCCUCAGAUGGUUCCACCCCCAUCGGUGCCGCCAAGUAGCUCAGCUGCUCCGACAUCGUCCACCACCUCCUCAGGGCCGAACCCCCUCACCCCGGCACAGGCAGUCGCAGUCAGCACCGUCACAAGCCUGAUCAACCAGCAGCGAGAACAGCAGCAGAAUUCUGGCUUCGGUUUGAUGCGACCCAUGCAGAAUGCGCCGGGUAUGGGAGGUGCUGGUGCCACACCAGGCCGGCCCCCGCUGCUGAACACACCCUCGGGGAUGGGGCUGAUGCAGCAGAACCAGGCUGUACGCCCAGGGUUAAACCAGGCACUUGCUAACGCAAUGAACCAGAUGAAUCAGUCUCAGCAAAAUGCUGGUUUCAACGCAGGGCAAGUGACACCAACAAAGGAUCGACCAGACAGCAGCCCCUUUCCUGAUGAGAAGACAUCGCCGGGUCCGUUCAGUCCGAGGCAGCCGGGCGGGCCCAUGCAAAACCAGUUCCGCAGCCCGACGCCCGGCAUGCCAGGCCAGAUGCAGGGUGGGCUGAACCAACCACGACCAAUGGGCCGCGGCCAGCCACCCAAUCAGAUGCAAGGGCUGCCAUUCGGGCAGCAGGGGAACCUCCCAGGGAUGCGGAUGAAUGUACCAAGCCCCAUUCGCACCAGCGGGCCCAGCGGAAUGCCUGCCAAUGCCAACACCACUAUGGCCCAGCAGAUGCCCAUGUCCUCAGGAGCUCCCAUGACACCCUCCAACAUGGCCAACGCUCGUGGCAUGGCACCAGGAGGUAUUGCAGGUCCUCGUCCACUGGUAGCAGGGUUAGCAGUAGGUGGACAGCCCAGACCUCUCCUAGCAAGUCCCCGUAUGCAGGGCCCACCAGGGAUGAUGCCCCAAGCUGGUAUCAUGGGGCCGGGGAUCAGGAACAUGAUGCCGGGGCAAAGGAUGCAGAUCAGGAUGGGGAUGCGACCGGGCAUGCCGGGACAGUUGAUCCCAGGCAUGCAAGGACCUGGUGGUCCCAUGGCCUUCAACCAGCAGGGGCCAAUGAGAUUCCAGGGACAGAACCGGCCAACAGGACCACCACAAGGCCCGAUGGGAGGAUUCCGUGGGCCGCGCCCUCUUCUGGGUAACCCCUUGGGAGGGAUAGGAGGGGAAGGAGGACCAAACUUCAGGGGGCCAGGGGAAGGCAGAGUCUCCCGAUUUGAGGAUAAAGAUCCUGUAAUGAAUAACUUGGGGGCAGGAGACAUUGAUGAACGUUUUGCAGAGGGUCCCCCAGGACAGAAGCGUCCCAUGGAGGAUGGACAAGAACCGUUUGAACCGGAGGGACGGGAUUGGAAGAGAGGUCGCGAUGAGAGGUGGGGACGGGGAGGUUUCCAUGAUCGUGAUGACCGCGAAAGGGACAGAGAUUUCCGUGAUCGUGGUAGGGAAGUGCGCGACCGUGAUCAUCGGGAGAAUAACUGGCGUCGUGAGGACCGUGACCAGAUGGAUGAUGCAGAACCUGGUGCGAGUGGAGAAAGAAGAGGAAGUUUCUUCCGUCGCGCGGAUCGUGAUCGUGAUCACGAUCAUAGGAGCCGCUUUGACAGCAGAGACCGUAGCAGAGAGAGACGGGACAGCGACGGUCGAGACCGACGGGAAAGUGAAAAGCGAGACAGUGCUGGCCGUUCCCGACAGGAUUCUAGGAGCAAUGAUAAACAACCACCCAAGGAGGUUGGAAAAGGAGAUAACCUAAGGUCAAGACUAUUGAAUCUUGCCCACAUGCCUCAGUCUGCUAAAAACAAUGCAGAAGACAAGGCUGAAGCAAAACCCCAAGAAAACGAUAUCAAAGAAGACCACUCAGUCCCUAAGGACUUGCCACCAGUGAAAGAUGAAGUCAUGUCAGAGGAAAAGAAGGAAGAUCCACCUGUGAAAAAGGAAGAACCAAUUGAAAAACCAGUUGUACCGGUUGCAAACCAGCCAGAGCCAGUGGUAAAGGAACUGGCAGUAAAGGAAGAAGUAAAGGCAGAACCACCUGUCAUGUCCGAACCACCUGUCAUGCCUGAAGUUCCUCCAGUAGUUGAAAAUAAGCCAGCUGUAAAAACGGAGGAUGUCCCUGUCGUAAAGGAAGUGCUAGACACUCCCAUACCUGACCCUAUAGAAUCCAACUCAGUUCCCAAACCAGAAAUUGUACCAGACCCAGUCCCAACCAAAGAAGUCGAGGCUGAAUAAACUAUGUGCAAAGUUCUUCUCAUGAACUAGUGUGCAGAAGCACCUUUUAUGUUGAGCAAUGGGUAGUGACGAAGUGAGGACAAAGCUGCAUGUUUGUGGAGGGGUUUUUAUUACUGAGAUCAGGACCACGUACGAUGCUGCAAUUAAGUCUGUGUCUGACUCAGAGAAGAUUUUAUGUGCAGAGUUGUUACACGUUCACACAUCUCGUCUUCAGAAUAUGUGUUGUCCUUAAAGCCAUUGUUUCCCCGCAAAUUUUUUAAAAUGAAUAAAUCUCUAUUUUGUGAUA